AUGGCCGCCGCAGUCGCCAUGGAGAUAGACGCCCGCGCGGCUGCCGGGAGCGGAAGUGACGAAGCUCGGCAGAAGAUGGCGGCCCCCUGCUUGCUCCUUUCACCUGUCAGCCGGCUGCUUCGGCCCGGCCUGGGGCUGCUGAGCAGGCCGUGGUGGGCUGCUGCCGGUGCUCAGAGCCGAGGACUGCGGGAAUUGGUGGAAGUUAAAGAAGGAAAAGUGACUACGAUUGAAGGACGGAUUAUUGAAGAGAAAGUGGGUUUGACGCCUCCAAACCCAAGUGGUCAGUGUCCCAUCUGCCGCUGGAACCUCAAACACAAGUAUGAUUACCUGGAUGUCUUAGUCCUGAGCCAGUUCAUCCGCUCGGACGGGGGAAUGUUACCGCGCAGGGUGACCGGAUUAUGUUUAGAGGAACAGAGAAAAGUGGAAGCCUGUGUGAGGAUGGCCCAUCGUGCAGGCCUGUUCCCGAACCACCGGCCUAAACUGCCCGAGGGAUGUGUGCCAAAGCCAAAGUUCCAGCUAAACAGAUAUCUCACUUUCUGGUCCCCAUCCAGCGUUAAACCGAUCCUGAAGAAGGGAUUAAAGUGGUGUAAAGUGAAAAUGCCGGUCGGUGACCCAAUCAUGAAAAAUAACGUCCGGUAUGGAAGUAAACCGAUCAUCUACAGACAAUGAAACGUUUACCAGCAGCGUUCAGUCCAGAUGCCGGGAUUUCAGCCAUAGGUCUCUUGUAACUCAACUGUAUAAUAAUAAUAAUAAAUGUAUUUCUUUUCUCAUUGUUUGACCAAA